CAUCAAACGCGGGGUAACGCCAUCCGUUGUGAUACGCCAGCAAAGCACCCUCAGCCCCUCAUCGGCCUUUCAUAAAUUCACCCAACACCUCAGUAUUCCACACCGUCUAUCACUCCUGAUCAUCCCACAUAGCAUAACUCUUCGUAUAGCACAAUGUCUUCUCCCAAAGUAGCCAUUGCCGGUGCAAGCGGCAAUCUUGGGCCCAGCAUCGUGCAGGCACUCAUUGACGCCGGAAUCGAAGUCACAGUCCUCACGCGCCAGGACAGCAACAAGACCAUCGACAACAACCAAGUCAAAGUCAUCCCCGUCGACUACGACUCGCGCGAAUCCCUGCAGACAGCCCUGCAGGGACAGGACGUCGUGGUCGACUCCCGGGCCAUCCUCCCCAGCGAGUCGACCAUCCGGCUGAUCGACGCGGCGAUCGCGGCGGGCGUCACCCGCUUCAUCCCCUCCGAGUUCGGCACGGACACGCUCAACCCGCUCAACGAAGCCCUACCCGUCUUCGCCAACAAGGUCGCCUCGCGCAAGUACCUCGAGCAGGUCGCCCGGACCUCCCCGCUGAGCUACAGUCUGCUGUUCACGGGCCCGUUCCUGGAUCUGGGCCUGCGCUCCGGGUUCCUGGUGAAUCUCGCGGGCCCGGUCGCGGAGCUCUACGACGGCGGGGACCAGAAGGUCAGCGGCACCACGUUGCUGGGCAUCGGGCGGGCGGUCGUCGGGAUUGUGAAGAAUCUCGAGGCCACGAAGAAUGCGGCGUUGUAUGUGAGCGAGGCGGACGUCACGCAGAAGCAGUUGAUCGCGCUCUCCGGGAAGACGCUGGAGACCAAGGUCGUCGCUACCGAGGAGCUGGAGCGGAUUGGACGCGCGGAGUUGACCAAGCCUCAGCCUCAUCCUGGCAUCGUGGCGGUCAAUUUGAUCCGUCGGUCCCUGUUUGGAGAGGGGUAUGGGAGUUUAUUUGACGAGCAGAAGCUCGCGAAUGAGUUGCUGGGGUUGAGGAGGUUGACGGAGGAGGAGCUACGGGAGUUGGUGGCUAGUGUUUGAUAUGAGUGAUCAUAAUGAUUUCAUGUUGUUAUUAGGUCUGUUGGAAGUACACAGCAUGUUGCUUGAAGGCUGUCUUGUGAGGGAGCUAUGUGUAUUCUGCGGCCCUAAGGACAGGGUUGUGGGGUAGUGAGUUCUAAGAUACCAUCCCCUCGUGUCCUCAGUGCAAUGCCAUUGCCGUCAAGUGUCUAGGAUAGCAUGAGCUAACUCAUCGAGAUAGAAAUGGCAGUGCCCCAUCAAUGAAAGUAUCAUCCAUGGCCAAAACCACCCUCAGGAGGCCUUGGGGUCCCGGAUACUGGGCUGGUAACUGGACUGGAUGUGGGUGUAGCGGCUUCGCGUGAUGCCGUUCUUCAAAC